GAAAAGUAAGGUUAAGUUAAAUGCAUUUUUAAAUGUUAAUCAACAAGUUUGUUCUAAAAAGCUCGUUUAAACUUUAAACAUUAUAUAAAUAAUUUAAUAAACAAUGUCUGACGGUUAUAAAACUCUUCAUCCUGUUAAAUACUACCGAGAAUUCCUAUCACAAGGAAUCAGGCCCGACGGCAGGGAAUUCAACACGUUCAGACCAAUUCUUCUGAACGUCGGUUCUAUAAACACAGCAGACGGAUCUGCCAUAGCUAAAGUAGGAAACACCACGGUAGUUUGCGGAAUCAAAGCCGAACUGUGCAAACCCAAACCGGACGCUCCCGAUUGCGGAUUCGUCGUUCCAAAUUUAGAGCUCCCACCGCUUUGCUCUGCAAAGUUCCGGCCGGGCCCUCCGAGCGAUCAAGCCCAAGUUCUGACCCAACUCAUAGCCGAGAUUAUAACGAAUUCCAAUUGCAUAGACUUGAGAGACCUGUGCAUUGUUCGAGAUAAGUUGGCUUGGUGUCUUUUCGUGGAUUUCGUUUGUCUGGAUUUCGAUGGGGCCGUUGUAGAUGCUGCUGUUGUUAGUUUAUUAGGGGCGUUGAAAACUGUUAAAUUACCAUUAGUUGAGUACGAUCCAGCUUUAGAAAGCACGCAGGUGUUUUUGGAAGAAAAGAAACCUAUUAAACUUCACAGUAUGCCAGUUUCUACAACAUUCGCUGUAUUUGAAGAUAAAAUUAUAUUGAAAGAUCCGACGUUGGAAGAGGAAACGCUGUGCAGUGGAGUUUUUACUAUAGUUCUUAAAGACGAUGAAUUGUGUUGUGUGCACAAACCGGGCGGGAGCCCCUUGGCCCCCGAAGAACUCGUCAAAUGCAUCGAUGAAUCCAAACUGAGGACGCCUCUGAUUAGCAGUUUAAUAGCUACUACAUUAAAAUCGUAGAUAGUGUAUAUUUUUAUAAAUAAAAGAUAUAUUUUCA